UGUUGCUGUUUAGUUAGAAAAGCAGAUCUCUGCAGAGGGCAUUGCAUGGUAAUCAAAAGGAUGAAAAACACUGCACUUUAAAUCAGGAAACAUUUCAUGGACUGAGCUAAAGUAUCAAACUUUGUGUUUCCUAUAAACACCUGGAAUGGCAAGUUUAGGUGCAAAGAAGAAGGACGAUCAGUCCAGGAUGGAUGGACACAUUGGGGACUUGCCACAGCUCAGCAACGAGAUGCAACUGAGCAUCAUGCAGAAGGUAAAGAGUGGACAGUUAUCGAUUGAUGAUGCUUUGCACCAGGCCAGGAAGGACAGGCAGCAGCUUUUGAAACAAAAGGGCCCACCUAACGAAGAACAAUUACCGUCGCAGUACAACUUCAGCGUUCACAAGCACAGCCGAUACCGGUGGCAGAAGCGGGUUCUUCAGAUUGAUUUCCAGGUCAAAAUGCUGUGCAGCAUAGAAAAAGGCAUCGUUAAGCGGCAGCUUCCCUUUUCCACUGUCAAGAGUUGCGAUGAUGGAGUGGGUUCCAAGUUCACUAUUUCCUUUAAAGGACAUCAUGAUUAUGAACUGGAGGCCACGUCACUGGCAGACAAACACAAGAUUACGCAGCUUCUGAAUCAGAUCAUUUAUGGGAACAUAUACGAUGAUCCCGAAGAAGUCAGUGCUGAAAAACACAAACAGCCUCAAGCAUCACAGACCCUUCGAGAAGGCAUGUUAUUACUGCACCGUGGAGGCCUGGCGUCAUUCAAAUGGGUGAAAUACACGGUUCAGCUCCACCCAGGCCAGCUAACGCUGGUUCCAUUCAAGCAGCGAAACCCAGCGGACACUGAAGUGGCAUCGUCACAGUCUUUGCCCAGAGUAAUUCACCUGUCAGAUGGGGACACUUCUGUGCAGAAACCUAAGGGCACAGACACUUUUACUCUGAAUACCCACAAAAAUGAGUACCAGUUCAAGGUGCCGGUCCAGGAUCAAACCGCUGCCCACGGCUCGGUGCAGAAAGAGCGGGAUGCCUGGGUCCAGGCCAUCAACAAACUGUGUUCACACUGGAAGAGGAGGUCUCAGAGUGAACUGAUGUUUGUAGAAACAAAGGCCUUUCCACCUCCCAGCAUAGCCGAAGAGGACAACGAUACAAACCUGGAGUCAAGCUGGGGAUUUGUUGGUGGAAGUUUCUUCUAUCCUCCACCUGACUACGUAAAUGAAGACCCCACCUCCAGUGGUGAAGAUCAUACUUCACAGGGGGACCCAAGUCCAACAUAUCCUUCAGUAGAACCUGCAAAGCCUGUUCCUAAACCUCGCCGCGGUGUCGCUGCUGUCCCAGUCACUGGACCUGAUAUUUUGAAUCCCAUCCCAUCUCCAUCCUCUCCUUCCUCACCAUCAUCCAGCAAUGUUGGCUUUCCGGGCUCUUCCCCAGACCGGGAGUCUCAUGAACCGAGCUCCACGGUUGUAAAAGUUCCCCCGCCGCCACCGCCGGCCCCGGCUCCCCCACCUUUACCCUUCAACCAGAGGACAGAUGUAGGGAAACCCCGCACCAAAGCUUUCCACUGGGACCUCAUCAGCCCCGAGAAGAUUGCAAAAUCAUUUUGGAUGCACGACGGCCCCAGGAAGAUUGAGAUCGAUAAAUCACGUUUAUAUGAAGAAUUUGCUGUGAGAGGUCUGGGGACAUUUAGCGUGCCCGACCUGGGAAACACGCAGCAGAUCAUGCUCAACCAGAAGAUUGCACACAACUUCAACAUUUUCCUCAAAAGUUUUCCGGUGCAACCUGGAGAGCUGAAGGACAAACUGUUCAUCGUCAGUGAGAAGGAUGGAGGCCUGUCUGACGAGCACAUCACCUCUUUGAGAAGGUACGUACCCACCGUGGAUGAUGUGGAGAAGUACAAAUCCCACAAGGGACCCGUUACAGAACUGCAUAUCGUGGACCAGUACAUGAUGGAGAUGUGCAACAUCCCAUGCUUGAGCACACAACUUGACCUGCUUUUGACUCUGAGGGAGCUCCCCAUCAGCAUGAAGGACCUGCAACCUCUGAUUAACCAGAAGAUCAGAAUGUGCACACAGCUGUACCAAUGCAGGUCAUUUGUUUCCGUGCUGGAGUACCUCCUCGCUAUUGGCAAUUACCUCAAUGAGAACGCUGGAAAGGAAAAGGCCAAGGGAUUCCGUCUCUCCUCCUUAACCAAACUCUCUCAGCUGCGAGGGAAGGACAGGAAUGUCACCUUGCUCCAUCACCUCGUGGAGCAGAUCAUGCUACAUGAACCAAGCUUGGUCGCAUUCACCCAGGAAUUGGUAGAAUUUGAAACGGAUCCAGGAGCUUCCAUCAAAGGCCUGACUGCAGAAGUGGAUGUGCUGAAGAAUGAACUGCAGAAAGUUAUUCAGUACAGGAAAACCUCCAAGAAAAGACAUGCUGGAGAGCAACCCCCAAACUUCUCCAAAACCCUGAAGAUGACAAUUGAGAAGCACAACAUGGAUCUUGCUUCGCUGACGAAGUCAUGUGAGGAGAUGAAGAAAUUCUACUCUGUGAUUCUGGUUAAAUUUGGAGAGCCAGCGGAUCAAGACUCCCAGCAGCUCUUCGGGGUGAUCUGUCAGUUCCUGCAUGACUUUAAGAGGGCCCAUGCUGAAACUGUGUGAGUUCAGCAGCCGCCCAGAUUGCACUUUUAUGCUGCUUGUUAAAAUGAAAGUCCGAUCCCAUCGUCUUGGGGAGCUCUCACAUGGAGUACCAUUAAUCUUUUGCUCCCCCAAUUAGGCAGAUUAAAGUGCUGAAAUCUGCCAGCACAUACAGAUUUCUAGGGAAGACAGAAAAGAUGACGGUGGAUUACUGGUGACAUUCUGUCUUCAUCAGUGGUACGGCUUGUACACCGCAGUCCAGUACAAUCAAUGUACAUGCUAACUUCACCGACUCAAAAUAGACUCACGCACUAGUCCUGUCUAGCAUUUUUGUUCUUGCCAAUCGUGCUGCCUUUUGGGCUCCAGUGAAAGUACCUUCACUUGUGAAUAUCAUGUACUACAUUGAAAAAAUUCAUUCUAAAGGGGAUUCAAAUAUUUUUGUGUGAUUUUACUUUGUGUUGCAGAUGUAUUUAUCAUGGAGAAUGGAUGUAAUUCAUGGUGUAAUGACUUGUAUGAUGAUUGUUGGUUGACUACAUCAGUGGAAAUCUGUCCUAUGAGAAUAAAACUGAUCUUGGU